AUUUGACGUGUCGUAAUUUUUCAUUAAUAUUCUGCGGUGUUUGUAUCGCGAUUUUCUAUUCAAAAAUAUUUAAUUUUCAUGUUUUGUGAAAAUAACCACUAAAAUGAAUGACGAAGAGAAAAGUGCUAUUCAAGAAGACCUUAAUAUAAGAAUAGGAAACGAUAUAUUAAAUCCCACCGCCGUUUAUGAUAUAGAAAAUGAACUUAUCCUCAAAAGAGAUCAUUUACAACGUUGUCUCCACAUUGCUAACGAUGAAGUGCCAAGUAAGCUAUCCUCAGCAAUAGAGAAAGCUCAGAAGAAUUGUAAGCAAAUUGAGAGGCUUAAGGAUAAACAAGAGAAACUACAAGCUAAAGUGGAUCAAUUCCUGAACCAUACAGGCCCCUUGAGGAAUGAGCUCAAUGACCGGCUCACAGCCAUCAGCAAGCUUGAGGGAGUGCUGGAGUAUUUGAAUUCAUUUGAUAAGAUUGAAGAGCUAAGUUCACAACUGAAACAAUGCAGUGAUGAUGAGCAGGCGGUGCUGCUGUACGCAGAUCUGAAGGAGAUGUGCAUAAAGUUCAUGAAGGGCCACCGCUCAGCCUAUGUCAAGGAAUACACACAUUACUGGCACAAUGUACUGAAAGACAAACUAUCUAAACAGUAUGAAGAAGUCCUGAAGCUGCUGAAAUGGCCAUUCACAACUGUGCAGGAACCCUCCCCUCCACCCAAGGAGGUGAUGGCCAAGUUUGCCAACAUCACUCGCCAACUGUUCCUCAUUGAAGAACCGAAGGAUAACCUCACUACUUCUGUCACUUGUGACUUUAGCCAAGACGUAGAUCCAUGUUUACCUGUCAAGAUGCUGCUACGUCCAUUGAAGAAGAGGUUUGCGUUCCACUUCACGGGCAACAGGCAGACGGCUCGCAUAGACCGACCCGAGUGGUUCCUUACUCAAACCCUCACGUGGAUCAAAGAUCACCAGGCCUUCAUCAGCAAAAAUGUGCAGCCAGUUGCGGAUAAAAUGAAUUUGCGACAUAUUAAUACCAAGGAUGAAUUCAACGCCGGCCUAGUAGCAUUAGCAGCGGAGCGCCUACACACAGUAUUAGGGCUGUACUACACUCACAGCGGGAAAGGAGACAUGAUAGAUGUGGACGCGGCCUUUGCUCACGCUGUGGACGAGACCUUGGGCUUCCACAAGGAGUUGGUAGCCCUGACUGAGAAGGACAUCAAUAGUGUGCUCUCAGUGUUGACUAAAGCUGAGACCUUUGAACGCUGGCUCGCUGUUGAAAAGAAAUAUGCACUAGCCAAGAUGGACGAGACGCUGGGCAGCUCAGAAUGGCGCAGCGUGGUGUGCGCGGGCGGCGGCGCGGCGGGCUGGGUGCCGCGCGCCGCCGACUGGUUCAUUGCGCUCCUCACCACCAUAGAGGAGCGGUAUGCCGUGCUGCCGAGGCCUGGGCACAGACUGCAAUUCCUGGAGCUACAACUAGAGCUGAUAGACGAGUGGCGCGUCCGCCUCACUCAGCUACUGCGAGCGGCCACGGAGGUGUUGGACGAGACCUUCCUCACGUCGCCAGACUCUAUGGACCCGAUGAUAGCGGUUAUAAAUGCCGCCCAUCAUACUAGGACUGUGCUGUUGCAGCGGGCGCAUUCUUUGCACUACCUCCAACUCCAUUACUACCGGCGUCAGUUCCAGCAGCUGACGCGGCGGCAGCACUGCGACGAGCACGACCUCAGCUACGGAGACGAUGAUGAAGAUCUGCCGCUUCUGGAUGAUGACCAGCCGUUUGAGGAGGUGCUGGCAAUACCGCCCUCCCUGCAGAUGCAUUACUACCACUGUCAGACUCAGCAGGAGACAUGGAACGACGAAGUUGUUGGCGAAGUAAGGGAACGCGACGCAUAUGCGAUGGGGCGCUCCACGCCGGGAGCAGCCGCUCCGGCCGCCGCCGGCUCCACCUGGCUCAGGAUAGCGGCUAGCCCUGUCGGCGACGCGUCCACUGUCAGAAUGAGAGUGGCGUUUGGGUUAAAGUGGGCCAACGUUUCGUCUGACGAAAAAAAACAAGAGCACCAAGGCCACGAGCACUUGAUGCCAGACGUCGGUGGUUUACAUCUGCACGACAACGCAGAGGGAAGGCGGCCAAGACCAACGAGUUUGAGCCUCAAUACUAAUGACCUGCAGGCCCUAGAACCACGCACACACCGCAACCGCCGCCGGGUCUCCGUCGACAGUCUGCCGAUCCAGUCGGACGGCGCCGAGGCGGGCGUGUUCGGGGAGGCCCCCGCCCUGCUGGCCCGGCUGAGGGACGCCGGCGCCGCCACCGCCGCCCGCCACAUGUUGGCCGAGUUCCGCCACCUGCUCGGGGAUUACAGGAAGCAGAGAUGGCACGCGAUGUCGCUAGUGGAGGAGAUGGCGAUGUCGAUAUCGCCGUCGCUGUGCCGGCCGCUGGGCGCGCUCUGUGCGCGGCUGCACUCGGCCUGCUCCAAGCUCGCGCCCUUCCUCUGUGCUAGACUACGCGCUUAUGUCACUAGCACCGUGGAUACGCUUAUAUUUGAGGAGGUGGUGCUAGAGAGCUGGUGGAACACGGGCGGCACCAUGCAGCUCACGCACGACGUGAAGCGCAACCUCGUGCCCGCCUUCGCGCGCCCCGACCACGCCGACAAGGAGAGCCUGUUCCCCAAGCUAGUGGAAUCCUGCACUCUGCUAAACCUGGACUACGACGACGCGCGCCGCCUGCGCGCCGCCAUCGCCUCGCCCACUCCCAACACCCACGACUCCAUCGUCAACGGGCUCAAGAUCACCCACAUCCAGCCCCUACUCUGCCUCCGAAUCCUCAGCCAGAGGACCGACCUCAGCGACAACUCUCCACCGUCGGUUCUAGAGCUGUUCUGAGGCUACGAAGGCAAGGGCAUAUAAUGAGGUUGUGUGUCCUAAUGCCUGGUGUUUGUUUGCGGGUUUUUAGACUUUCGGUGCGGGUUCAACGAAGUUGGCGGUGUUAUGUGAGUUAUUCAGCUAUUUGUAUUUGGCUGGGUCUCCAGUUUGCUAACUGUUUAUGCGUAUCGGUUUAUUAUGCCGAGUAUUCAAGGUUUGCUUGUUUUAAGCUCGCUCUAAGCAAUUUGGACAAAUAGUUUGCCUACUGGGAACGCAGCCUUACGAUUAUUAUUGAUAUUAACCAUGGAUAAGAUUUGUAGUGGCAAGUAGGCCAAUGAAAUAUCGAAGAAUAUUAGUUAUAAACUAUGCUAUGAUAUCUAUGUUUUGUGUAAUUCAAUGAAUGGUGAUAAAGUUUGGCCGGGCCUAUUUAGAUUUCUCAAAGAAAUUAAGGUGUACAGAACACGAUAGAAGAAAUAUCUGGAAUGACGCUAUAUUAAAAUUGCCGGUUUUGUAGAAAAUAAUAUUAUA